UAGUAUUACAACCCUGAGCGACAGAAAGGGAAAAGCUAAUGCUUCAAACAUCAUCGAGGGCACGCUCAGCAUCUCCUUCAGGCAAUGGAGAAGUCAGACAGACUAUCUGCGCUUUAGGUCACGUUUCAAUAGUGCGUAUUUGCUUGUCGUGGCGUUGCCGUCGCAGUCAAAGGAGAGCCUGCCGUGAUUUGGCUGAGAAGACGGAGCUCCAGUCAGCUGCACGGCCGGACCAGAGCCUAAGAUGCCCUAAGCCAGAGGAGGGACAUGUAAAUGGCUUCCAAAGUUAAAGAUGCUGUGGUGUGGUACCAGAAAAAGAUUGGCGCCUACGACCAGCAGAUAUGGGAGAAAUCGGUGGAGCAGAGAGAAAUAAAGGGCCUGAGGAACAAGCCAAAGAAAACGGGCCACGUCAAACCAGAUCUCAUCGACGUGGACCUGGUUAGAGGUUCGGCAUUUGCGAAGGCCAAACCGGAGAGUCCAUGGACGUCCCUGACCAGGAAGGGCAUCGUCAGGGUGGUUUUCUUCCCCUUCUUUUAUCGAUGGUGGAUCCAGGUCACCUCCAGAGCCAUCUUCCUCCUGCUGCUGGCUCUCUAUCUGCUGCAAGUGGCAGCUGCAGUCCUGUAUGUGAGCGUCCAGCAGCCUCAUGGGAUCCCGUCCACAGAGGUGUUUGGAGCCAUCUGGCUCAUGCUGCUGCUGGGCACCGUUCACUGUCAGAUCGUCUCCACCAGGACGCCCAAGCCCGCCUCCAGCAGCGGGGGGAAGAGACGCCGGAAGUUGAGGAAGGCAUCUCAGAUGGAGGUGCAUAGGGAAGGCGACGGGUCUAGCACUACCGAUAACACACAGGAGGGGGCGCCACAUUCCCAUUCAGCCAGCACCACAUACAGCCUGGGCGCUUUCUUCCAAGAUUUCUGGCAUGAUAUCUGUAAAGCUGGAUCAAAGAAGUCCAAGCUUUCCAUCGACAAAUCUACAGAGACGGAUAACGGCUACGUCUCAUUGGACGGCCGGGUGACCAAUCGCAGCAGCGAGGAGGGGCUCCAGCUGCACGAGCAGCGCUGUGACGCUGUGAGCAGAGCUGACGAGGCCUGCUGGAGCUCUCAGGCCCAGCCAGCGCCCCCCCACCCGGCCCGCAGCCCCGCCCUGCCGAUGGCCCCCGGCAGCAAGGACCCAGCAUCGGACGAGGCGUCCAGUGAGGAAGACCCUGAGGCUUCCUACAGCGCCCUCCGCAGGGGGGUGGAGAGGCUGACCAGUGACUGUGCUCUCCGGAACCGCAAGAACUCGCACCACUACAAGAAGCACUACGCUGUGGAGGACGUUCCCAAAUCUGGAACCAGCUGUAGCUCCAGAUGUUCCAGUCUGAGGACUCAGGACUCUGAGAGCACUCGUCAUGAGUCUGAAACUGAGGACCUGAUGUGGGAGGACUUCCUGCACUGCGCAGAGUGCAGGUCAUCGUGUACCUCAGAGACAGAGGGAGAAGGAGGAGGAACACCCGUCUGUCCGCCAGCUAAAAAGGAGUACAGAGACGACCCCUUCCAUCAGGGUCACGUUCCCUGGCUGCACAGCCCCAACCCCGGCCUGGAGCGAGUGAGCGCCAUCGUGUGGGAGGGAAACGAGUGUAAGAAGGCGGACAUGUCUGUCCUGGAGAUCAGCGGCAUGAUUAUGAACAGAGUGAAUCUCUACACUCCGGGGAUUGGUUACCAGGUCUUUGGGAACCUGGUUGCAGUGACACUUGGACUCAUGCCCUUUGUAUACAGGCUGGCUCAGUACCGUGACCUGGAUCAGCUGACGGCGCUCUCAGUCAAUGAGCUGCUGUCCGUGGCGUUUGGAGGCGGCUCUGGAUCUGAUGCCUUGGUAAUUGCCAUGGUAACGCUGAGCUUCCUGGUGCGAGUUUGCCUUAUAUGGCUCUUCUUCUUCCUACUAAGUGUAGCAGAGCGGACAUACAAACAGAGGCUGCUGUUUGCCAAACUGUUCGGUCACCUGACCUCUGCCCGCAGAGCCCGGAAGUCUGAAGUCCCUCAUUUUAGACUUAAGAAAGUUCAGAACAUCAAAAUGUGGCUGCUGCUGCGCUCCUACCUCAAGAGACGGGGUCCACAGCGGUCAGUGGACGUCAUUGUGUCCUCUGCUUUCCUCCUCACUUUGUCGGUCGUCUUCAUCUGCUGUGCCCAGCUGCUCCAUGUCCAUGAAACGUUCCUGGAGUGUCACUAUAACUGGGAGCUGGUGAUCUGGUGCUCCAGUCUCUCUCUGUUCCUGCUCAGGUUUGUCACUCUGGGCUCAGAAACCAGCAAGAAGUACAGCAACACCUCCAUCCUGCUGACUGAACAGAUCAACCUGUACCUGAAAAUGGAGAAAAAGCCAAACAAGAAAGAAGAGCUGACACUGGUCAACAAUGUGUUAAAACUGGCUACCAAACUGCUCAAGGAUCUGGACACCCCCUUCAGGCUGUACGGACUGACCAUGAACCCUCUGCUCUACAACAUCACGCAGGUGGUCAUCCUGUCGGCGGUGUCGGGGGUCAUAUCCGACCUGCUGGGGUUCAAUCUGAAGCUCUGGAAGAUCAAAUCAUGACAGUAACUUAAGAAACGACGUCAACACUUCAGUCUCACCACUUCGGGACUGCUCUGACCUUCGAUGUUACCACUUUGUGCAAUUCACUAUUUAUUUACCCGUUCAGUGUUUGUACAUAGGGUUUAUUUGAAUUCUAGUUUGUUCACAUUUGUGCUCUGUGACACAAGACAAAGUUAUAUUUUAGCUGAAGUCAAAGUAUUAGUAAUAACUUAUUCUGUGAUGGUUUGGGUUCUCUGAUGCUUUUGAGAUUUUUGUUCACUCAAUUGCAAAUUUAAAGAAAGUGUUUGGGCAGCAGUUUUAUUUUUGCUUAAACAUGAAGCUAUUUAUGUUGUGUAACCUUUUAAGUUUUAAAGAUGUGUCCAACAUGGCAAAAAUCUUCUUUCAUGCAGAAACCUGUUUGAUACCUUUCUGCCAGCUAGCUCGUACCUGCUGAUGGAUGCUGAUGUAGCUCCUGGGUUCCUCCACCCCUUCAGAGCUGAAACCUCUAGGCCCACAUCAAAUAAGACCCUUUCAGCAGUAUUUCCUGUAAUACGGGUGCAGACAACUUUUCAUCACAUGCUUACAAAGGUUAAACAAAUAGAUUUGAACUUUAGUUCUCACCUUAAAUUAAAUAAACAGGGUUUAUUUUGUCAUUUUUAGGAAAUCCCACAUUUAACUUUCAUUCUUAACCCAAUAUGACACAAACCCGUUUUAUUAUCAAACACUGUGUUGAUCUGCAUCAGGCAAAAAGGUGAACGCUUCACUCUUUGGGUCCUAAUGGGUUAAGUUUCUCUUCUUUUUUUUUUUUUUAAAUGACUUCAAAUAUAACUUCUGUCUUUUUAAAUAAGCAGCAAGACUGUUGGAUCAUUUCAGAGUCUGUACGUGAAUGAAAAUAUGCACUUUAAAACAGACAUACUGAAGAAAAAGUUACAUCUAUUUCAAUGUCUGACAUUUCUUUUUUGUACCUCACUUGUUUGUGUGUUUGGCUUGAAGUGAAAGCAGCUCAUCACCCUCUGAAGUCCGCCGUGGUACGUGAAGUCAUGAUGGCUUCUGAAAAGACGCAGAGUAGUGAUUAAAACGAUAAUCAGAGAGUUGGAGGAGAAGACCAAAGUGCUUAUUUAAUCGUUUGUCUCUGCUGGAAAAAGAAUGUACUUGUAGCAUCUUGCUUUAAAAUAUGUUUGUUUCCCUUUGGAAAUUUUAUUUUUUUUCUUUUAGGCACUGUUUUUUUCAUCAGUUAUUUGUAAAACCUGUUCCUUAUGCUCAAAGGAGAGGCACGUUUUACCGUUUUUAAAGGAACAAAAUGUUUGAACGAUAAAGAUAGUCCUAGAUAAAGGACUAUGUUGUAAUGCUGUUUUCAAAGUGUCUGAAUAUUUAGAUUUUUGGGGUUUUGUGAACUGUCUGUCCACAAGGUCUACAUUUUAUAAGAAAAAUAAAAAGCAGAAUUACAGGCUCUUGUUUUUUGGGCUGUGAAUUCAGCAGAUCAAUGCCACCAUUUUCAUUUGAACCAAAUGAAAACUAACCUUGAACGCUCAAAGGUGCCCCAAAGAGUCACUCCUCCACCUUUGAAGCCACCUCCACAAUUAGGUGACAGGUUAAUCUUGAGUCAUCCACUGGUAAAAAAAUAAAAAUGUAAAAAACGUUCUAAGGGAGAAAUUGAAGAAAACAACAACUUGAUUACAACAUUAUGGUCAGAUUAAGGUGUAUGUAAACUUUAUUUUGAAUGCUACUGAAGCAGUCUUCAAUCUCUUAAUGCUCAGCAUUGAUCUUAAUUUUAAGUUAUUGUCAGGCAUAAUGCAAACUGGGUUUGCCAUCAGAAUUUUUUAAGGAUUCAAACAAAUGAAAUAGCCAAACAUGAAAGAUAACUAAAGCAUUGCUGUUCAAAGUCUCACUUUAGGAAAGUCUGAAAAUGUCAUUAAGGGUUCAUUGCUGAUGUGCAACAGUACUGAUUUGUUCCAAGUUUGUUGAGUUGAAGGUCAAAGGUUAUCGAGCAAAUAGUCCUUAAAAUAGUCCUGGGACAAAAUAAGGGACACCUCAUGAUUGCGAGACAACUUUCUGACAAAAAAAGCUUGACGACCCAAGUUUGUUUGCAGCCUGAACAUAGUCUCUAAUAGGCACACGUAUCACAGUCAACCUGGGAAAAUGUCUCAGCUCAAAAACUAAAGUUUUACCAGUAAAUCCAUCCAGGUACACCGACGAAUUUCUGAGCAACCCGCUGCUAGUUUUAAAAGUAUUAAAAAUAAUUUUGUUGCAACACAAUUUUCCAAAAGCCACGACUUUAGCAACAACAACUUUUUACUGUAUACCGACACAACAGCAAUUGCUAUUUUAACUGUUAAAGAAAUAAACUCA